UCCUACUUUUAUAGGAAUCACAGUUCCUGGAGAAAUAUGUGGUAAGAUUGCUGUUGGAGGAGUUGCUCUGUAUGUAGAGGGUUUAUCGUUGGAGGCAUAUGCUGUCAGUAUCGUGCAGUUGCUUGGCCUUAAUGUGGGAAUGAGUUAUGAUAAUACUGAGAUCUGCCAUUGUUCAGGGGAUGUUUGCACAAUGUCACCAGAAGCUUUACAAUCUGGGGGUGUAAAGGAUUUUAGCACCUGUAGCCUGGAUGACUUUAAAUAUUUUGCUGCAUAUACUGGCAUUGAAUGUCUUCAUAAAAUCCUUCCUGAUGAGCCAGUUUACAAACAGAGGAGGGUGUGUGGCAAUGGAAUACUGGAAAUGGGUGAACAAUGUGAUUGUGGCACUCCACAGACAUGUACUCAUCCAGACUGCUGUGAUGCUAGAUUAUGUAGGAAGAAAAAAGAUAAAGUAUGUGGUUCGGGAGCAUGCUGUUCAACGAGUUGCCAGAUAAAACCAGUUAAUACACCUUGCAGAGAAGCAGCUGAUGAAUGUGACUUUGUAGAAUUUUGUAAUGGGAAUGAAUCAAUGUGUGUGCCUGACACUUACGCACGUAAUGGAGAGCCUUGUGCAUCGGGUGAUGCCUUCUGUUAUGAUGGACGGUGUAGGUCUACUAACAAACACUGUAGCAGAUUAAUUGGAGAAGGGGCUAGAGGUGCUCCAUUUGCUUGUUUUGAUGAAAUAAAUGCAAGAGGAGAUAGAUAUGGAAACUGUGGCAGGGAUUUUUGUAUGUUUAGUCACACAUUGUGCGGAAAAUUAGUUUGUGCCUGGCCAUACAAAACUUUAGUAUCACAACCAAAUUUAUCUGUGAUCUAUACGCAUGUACGAGAUGAAAUAUGUGCAUCAGCAUUUCUGAAUGCUGAGAAGUUACCUAGAGAUACGUUUACCACAGUUCAAAGACCUGAAGACAGAGAUAAAACAUUUGUAGAAGAUGGCACUAUAUGUGGUCCUGAAAUGUAUUGUUUGAACUUUUCCUGUGUAGAGGUUAAAUACCAAAUCAAUACUACAAUAUGCAGUAAUGCUGUUGAUUGUAAUUCACAAGGAGUAUGCAACAAUUUAAACCAUUGCCAUUGUUUGAUGGGGUUUGCGCCUCCUAACUGCAAGCCACUUCCAGAAGCGUUUGGAAGUGUUGAUGAUGGACACCAGCACAAAGUUGGUAAAAGUUUUUUGAAGGAAAGAUCUCUUGGUCAUCCAAAACACAGACUUCAACUCGUUUUCUACAUUUCUAUACCUGUGUUCAUCAUUGCUGCUGCUCUUAUAAUAAAGCAGGAUAAAAUAAGAGAGCUGUGCUACAAAGGAGAACUUGAAAGUGAAAGAUCUGUGUCAGAAGAAAGCAGCACUAACAGCAAGUCAUUCCCCAGUGUCAGCAACAGUCACUGACAGUCUUGCCCUAUAGAGAGGAUAGUACCAAAUAAAUCACCAGAAACUGGCCUAAACCAAGAAGGAAAACAAAAACAAACAAAAAAAAACAACAAGCAUGUUUCUAUGUCCCCUCUGUUGUCAGUGCUGAGGGUUUAAAUUGUGAAAUAAUAAAUCAUCUGCACCUGAAUCACCCUAAUUAUGUCUGGUGUUUUCUCUGUAUUUUCAGUUUCAACUUCCGCUGUAUCUAACUUGAAAAAGACUCUGAGUCAGC